UGACGCCAUCUCGCUAUAUAUCUGUUCCUCCUCAUCUCUCUCUAUUUCUCUCUUUCCUUCGAUUCCUCUGUAAUCUUUCUCUUUAAUUAUUAUUCUUUUUAUUAUUAUUAUUCAUCACAACACCCCCACGCCAUUCGCUAAAAGACGAGAGGGUUUCAACUUUCAGGCAAUCCGUUCCUUCCCCAGAAAUUUCUACUCUCUUUCUCUCACACUUGUAAGACACCAAUCCUCAAUUCCCUCUUGCUUUUCAUUUCUGCAAUAAUUGAACCGUACACUUCAAAAUUCAUAUGCCUUCUUCUUGUGUUCUUUGUUUAUGUUGAAAUGCCUCCACCACCAUCGAUCUUUACAUCACAAACUGUAAUUUAAUAGUUUUUGCAACAAGGUUGAAAUAAGGUGAUUGUUGUACUCAAAAUGUCAUCUCCAAGCAAGAGAAGAGAAAUGGAUGUAAUGAAAUUGAUGAUGAGUGAUUAUACAGUGGAGAUGAUAAAUGAUGGGCUAAGUGAAUUCAAUGUGGAGUUUCAUGGCCCCAAAGAAAGCCUCUAUGAAGGUGGAGUCUGGAAAAUUCGCGUGGAGCUGCCCGAUGCAUAUCCAUACAAAUCCCCCUCUGUCGGCUUUGUUAACAAAAUAUUCCAUCCAAAUGUUGAUGAGUUAUCUGGCUCUGUAUGUUUGGAUGUCAUCAAUCAAUCAUGGAGUCCAAUGUUUGAUCUUCUAAAUGUCUUUGAAGUAUUCCUACCACAACUAUUGCUUUAUCCGAAUGCUUCAGAUCCUCUCAAUGGUGAUGCAGCAUCAUUAAUGAUGAAGGAUAAAAAGCUGUAUGACGAAAAAGUUAAAGAGUACUGUGAGCGGUAUGCAAAGAAGGAACAUAUAAGCAAAUCAAAAGCUGAAGAAGAGAGUGAUGAGGAUGAUAUCAGUGAAGAAGAAUGUGGGUCAAGUGAUGAUGACAUUCCUGGACAUGCUGAUCCCUAAAAUAAACUGGUUUAUUACUUAGUGGUCUUGCACUUUUUUCAAAAGGUCCAUGUAAUAACAAUUAGAGCUCCUAUUACAUGUUCAUUUUGUUCAAUUAUAAGACGUAGGAUUAAAGAUAUGACUAAUUAUUUCUCCCUGUAAAAUUACAGUUCUUAUUCAUGUACUCAGUUAAAUAGGUUAUAUAUAUUCAGUAAAUGAAAAGUGAAAGAUAAUAAUAAUG